CGGACCGGGCGAAUCCAAACGCAGAGGGGUGGGAGUCGCGCGAGGUCGGCUCGCGCUUGCGCAGUCCGCGCUGUCGGCCUGGUCUCUCCCCCUCCCUAGCCCGGACCAGUGGACCCGCCCGCACGGGGAGGCCGAGCCGCCGGGAGCCGCGGGGGUCGUGAAGUGGCGUCCGUGGCGUCUUUCCCGCCGAGGGUCGGGAGCUCAAGAUGCUCUCUUACCCUCUAUGAGGAGUCACCCCAGCAAUGGAAAACUUCAUUCUCUAUGAGGAGAUUGGCAGGGGAAAUAAAACAAUUGUCUAUAAAGGGCGGCGGAAGGGGACAAUCAACUUUGUGGCCAUCCUUUGUACGGAAAAGUGCAAAAGACCAGAAAUUACCAACUGGGUCCGUCUCACAUAUGAAAUUAAGCACAAGAAUAUUGUGACUUUUCACGAAUGGUACGAGACCAGCAAUCACCUGUGGCUGGUGGUAGAGCUCUGCACAGGUGGCUCCUUAGAGACAGUUAUUGCUCAGGAUGAAAGCCUUCCGGAAGAUGUGGUCCGAGCCUUUGGCGCUGACGUGAUUGCUGGAUUACACCAUCUCCACACCCUAGGCAUUGUGUUUUGCGACAUUUCUCCAGGCAAAAUUCUGUUGGAAGGCCCCGGCACCCUGAAGUUUAGCAAUUUCUGCUUGGCCAAAGUAGAAGGUGAAAACCUAGAGGAUUUCUUCGCAUUGGUGGCCGCAGAAGAAGGUGGCGGCGACAGUGGGGAAAAUUCCCUGAGGAAAAGCAUGAAAGCCAGAGUGAAGGGGUCUCCAGUGUACAGAGCCCCGGAAGUCGUGAAGGGCACGGACUGCACCCCUGCCAGCGACCUGUGGGCGGUGGGCUGCCUGCUCUACGAGAUGUUCUCAGGAAAGCCGCCAUUCUUCUCCGAAAGCACUUCAGAAUUAAUUGAGAAGAUUUUAUACGAAGAUCCCUUGCCACCCAUUCCAAAAGAUUCUUCACUUCCUAAAGCAUCUUCCGAUUUUAUUAACUUGCUUGAUGGGUUACUUCAGAAAGAUCCUCAGAAAAGGCUGACUUGGGUGGGGCUGCUGCAGCAUUCGUUCUGGAAGGAUGCAUUGGCGAGGGAUGAGCAGGAAUCGGCCCCCGACGACCUGAGCCUCAGUAGCAGAACCACCAUGGAAUGUUCUGGGCUCCAAGAUUCCAGGGAGUUUUUGAAGAGCCCCCAGAGUGGUCAAGCGAAAGGCCCCAGGAGUGGCCAGCGAGUGUGCCGCUCUUUCAGACUAGAAAAUCCCACGGAAUUGCGCCCUAAGAGUACCAAUGGGGACCAAUUAAACGAAUCCAUGUUUCUUCUCAGUUCUCGUCCGACACCGAGAACCAGCAGUGUGGCUGUAAAUCCUGACGAAGACCUUGCUCCAGACUCGCCACAGAAGAGCCCUCCUCUGAACGAGGGGACAAAUGGAGUUGUGAGCCAGGAGGCCCUGGAGCUACAGAUGCGGGAUCUGAUCUACAUGGAGUCUGAUCUGGUUGUCACUCCCAUUAUUGACAAUCCCAAGAUAAUGAAGCAACCACCGAUUAAAUUUGAUCCCAAAAUACUGCAUUUUCCAGCACAUUCAGCUGAGAAGUUGCUGUGUCUGAAAGAUCAGGAGUGGAAUGAGUUCCUGCAGCAAGCCUGCUCCCAGAUAGACUCCACCGAGAAGACCAUGGCGGCCUCCCGCGCCAAGCUCAACCUCCUAUGCUAUUUGUGUGUGGUGGUAACUCACAAGGACGUGGCCACGCGCCUCCUCCACUCCCCCCUGUUCCACCUGCUCAUCCAGCAUUUACGGAUUGCUCCAAACUGGGAUGUACGCUCGAAGGUAGCUCGGAUGAUCGCCUUACUUGCCUCCCAUACCACCGAGCUCCAGGAUAAUGUGCCUGUCGUUGAGGCAAUUUCUCUCUUGACUGAAUUACUCCGGGAGAACUUCAGGAACAGCAAAUUGAAACAGUGCCUUCUGCCCACCCUCGGGGAGCUGCUGUAUCUCGUCGCCACUCAGGAGGAGAAGAAGAAGAACUCUCGAGAAAGCUGGCCAGUGCCCUUGGCCACCUACACAGUGGUCAUGAGAUGUCUUCGCGAAGGGGAGGAGCGCGUGGUGAACCACAUGGCGGCGAAGGUGAUGGAGAACGUGUGCACCACGGGGGCUCCACAGGCCCAGGGCUUCCUCACAGGGGAAGUGGGCCCCGCGCUGUGGUUCCUCUUCCGCCAUUCCACCGUGGACGCGCUCAGGAUCACCGCCAUAUCGGCCCUAUGUCGAAUCACCCGGCAGUGCCCCACCGCCUUCCAGAACGUGAUCGAGAAGGUGGGGCUGACGGCGGUCAUCAGCGCCCUGGCCUGCGCCAUCUGCAAGGUCCAGCAGUACCUGCUCACCCUCUUCACCGCCAUGCUGUCCUGUGGCACCCACCUGCAGAGGCUCACCCAGGAGAAGGAUUUCGUGUCUACGACCAUCCGCCUCCUUGACAGCCCAUCCACUCCCAUCCGAGCCAAAGCCUUCCUCGUGCUUCUCUAUAUUUUGAUUCAUAACCGCGAGAUGCUACUGCUUAGCUGCCAGGCGAGGUUGGUGAUGUACAUUGAGAGGGACAGCAGGAAGACCACGCCGCGCAAGGAGCAGCAGGGCUGUGGCGAACAUCUGUCCAGAUGUUUGGAGCUGCUCAUCUGUCACAUCGCCCAGGAGCUGCCAGGAAUCCUGGGUGACAUCCUCCAAGCCCUGGCUAACGUAUCCGGCCGCAAACACCCCUCGACGGUUCAAGGCCGGCAGCUGAAGCUGUGCCUUCCCAUGAUGCCCGUGGCCCUGCACCUGGUCACCUCCCAGGUGUUUCGGCCUCGAGUGAUCACGGAAGAAUUCCUCUUCAGUUACGGCACCCUUCUGAGUCACAUUAAGUCGAUCGACUCGGGAGAAACGAACAUCGACGGAGCAAUUGGGCUGGUGGCGUCCGAGGAGUUUGUCAAGAUCACCUUGUCCACCUUUGAAGCCGUGAUCCAGUACCCUGCUUUCUUGAAGGAGUACCGCUCCACGGUCAUCAGCUAUAUCCUGCCUCCAUUGGUAUCUCUGGUUCAGAGUCAAAAUGUGGAGUGGAGACUCCUGAGCUUGCGGCUCCUGUCGGAAACCACAUCGCUCCUUGUGAACCAGGAGCCCAGCCCCGGCGAAGAGGAGGCCCACGCGGACACGGACGCCGACAGCAGUCUACUGAGCCUCAUCCAAGACGUGUUGCUCCCCCAGUUCGCCCAGGUCCUCAUCGAGUCUGGCCCCAUCCCCGCGUACGCGCUGAAACUCCUCGUGGCCAUGACGGAACACAACCCCACGCUCACCAGGCUGGUGGAAGAAAGCAAAUUGAUCCCGCUCAUCUUUGAAGUCAUUCUGGAGCCCCACGAGAGCGUGGUGGGGAGCAGUGUGCAAAGUGUCGUGGCGUUGCUCAGCAACCUGGUGUCCGGCCCGGACGCGAACCUGCCCCUGCUGUACGAGCAAGGCCUCAUCAGCCACGUGGGUCGCCUGUUCAAGGACACAGCUGCCCUGUACUUGGACGCAACAAGCACACACAAGAACGAGAUGGCCACAGCACUGCUCUGCUCCCUGCUGGACAUCCUGCAGGCUGUGCUCACGCACACGUCGGGUGUGGUGCGGCGGGCACUGCAGGCCCAGAAGUCGGGGUCCGGGGGGGACACGCAGGCCGCAGAAAGUCUCCUGCUCCUCAGCAGGCCCCUCACUGGCCUCAUCUCACCCCUCAUCCUGCUGCUCCCGAGCGACGACCCCGAGGUGUUCGACGGGGCGUCCCGGUGUCUGUCCGUCCUGGUGCAGCUGUAUGGCGGGGAGCAGCCGGCCGCCCUGACCCCCGGCCACCUCGAGAGCUGGACGGCCGUGCUGGCCUCCCGGCGCGAGCCCCGGGAGCGGAAGCUGCUGCUGCGGAUUCUCCGCAGGAUGGUCACCUCCAACGCCGAGCACGCGCGGGGCCUCCGGGGCGCCACGGGCCUCCUGCAGGCCCUGGGCCGCCUGGCUGUGGCCGACGGGAACCCCGCUGAUGCCACCGUGGCUGCGCUGGCCCGCGAGGUCCUGCAGGCGGCCAGCCCCCCUCAAUAA